AUGGUGGCGGCGAGUCUACUGCACUCGGAAGAGUCGGACGACGACGUCCCAGACCUCGACCUGCCUGGUUCGACCCGUCGUCGGCAGUUCUUCAACAAGUUUGUUGUUGUUUCUCGCUUUCUGAGAUAUUCUACAAGUUGAGAUCAUCCUCCUCGGCUCGCUCGGUCCAAGACUUGCUCAGCGAGCGUCGGCGACCGAACUGCGUCAAAAUGGCGGCGUUUCUCGCUUUGGCAGUCGCCAUUUGUCUCGUCUACACCGUCUACAAGACUUAUGGCGAGCUCGACCUUCUCCGACGUCAACUCCGAGGUUUUGUCGUCAAUAUUUAUUGCUUAACUGCUCUUUGAAAAAAUACAUAAUAUUGGGAGUUGAAUUUUGGCUCUAUUUUGACUCUAGGUCGUAGAAUGAUGCUCCGAGAUCUUCAUGAAAACUAGAAUUUGAAGCUGAUUUUUCUGCGAACUUUGAUUUUUCAGAAGUCUCAAUGAAAAGGAGAACUUAUAGUUCAUUCUGACUAGCUUGCAGAAGCUCAAGCUGAAGCUUCGGGUUGGAAGAAGCUGGAGCAGGAGGUUCGGCGCGUGACGAUGCAGUUUGAUUUGGUGCGCGAGGCGGCGAACGAGACGACGAGGCCGGUCACCGACUACGUCUACGAUCGUCUCGCUAACCUUUCCGCGGCUGUAGACGUCGCUGUUCAUGAUCUCCGCAAAGUCAGUGUCACCUUUGAUUUAACGUGGGAAAGUUGAGAACUCAAUCAAUCCAGGAGGAGAGUUCGACUUUAAAAAGGCUAUAAUACCAGUUUGAGCUUCAGGGAGAUAGUCAUAAAAUAAUAAAUUUAUUUUUUAACCGGUGGAGGUAGUGAUGACUUCAAUCAGAACGACAUGGUAGGAAAGCUGACGGCUUUCAAAAAUUGUCUGCCUUUAUCAACUUCUAAAUGUUUUGAUAAUCUUCGAAGAAUCGAAAUCUGAUUCUUAAACAAAUCCUGGGAAGUUGUUCAAUCAGAAGAAGCUUGGAAGGUGUAUGGAAGCUAGAAGGUCUUGAGAAAGCCUUUGGAAGAAGUUCGGAAGGUACUUGGAAGGUGAAAAUUGAAAAUGCCUGCUGGAAAGCUUCUGAAAGGCUUCUGGCAGGCUUUUUUUCUAUGUGCGUUCGACGAUUUGCUGGAAAGCUUCCAAACGCAUUCCCACGAACCGAAAGUAGAAGCUUCCAACUUUUACCUGAGUUAAAAGUCUACCGACAAAAACCUCUAAUUUUCUAGUCUAAUAGUACCAAUACCCAAUGAACUUUGGAAACAUUCGGAAAAUCUCAGCGCUGAGCUAUCCCAUAUAAACUUUUCAUGUGCGUCUCAAGAGAAUCUUCCCUGAAAUAUGGGCAUGGGAAAAAAUAGAUGGACCCAUUGAAACAUACGGCCGUCUUUUUUCGCAUCAUACGCGCUAUUUGGCAAAGAAGUUCUUCGGACUUCGGAAAGCGAGUUUAUAGAAACGAGUGGCUGAAAAUAGCCAAUUGGUCUUUUCACCAAAUUUUUUGUUUUGCGACAGAAGUUUCGGUCAUUUAAAAAGCAAAAUAAAAGAGAAGUUGCUCUCGUAGGAUUAGAGAUCAAGAUUGUGCCAAACAGUCGCUACUAAAACAAAAUUUUCCACUUCUCUUCAAAGCCGCGGACUCAUCCGCAUCGAAGCUUAAUCGCAAAAAACAAAGCUUUUCUUCAGCGCGAUAAUUAAAUGCGGACGAGCUGCCGACGGAUUGAAGUACGACGGAGCAUAAUUAGCAUAUCCUGCAGCGAAAUCUCGAGUGGUGUACAUAAUUAAAGUCUUUUCGAGCAGAAGGAAUCUUUAAGAAUUGAGUUAGCGAAGGCAAAAAAGCACGUCAAACAGCGUAAAGCCCUUGAAAAUCUUGUUUUGACUCCGAAACCAGCAUCUUUUGCGGGGAGAUUCUGCCUUCCGAGUAAACACUAAAGAUGUGCUAAAACUACUCAAGUGGUCACUGAGAGGCUUAGAGCAGUCCGGAACACUUUUUCCGUAUAAAUUCUAAAACUUUAGACCACCGGCGCCGUCGACGACGUGAUGCAUCGGAUGUCGCGAGUGGAGUCAAAGUGUCUGGCCGUUUGCCAAGACGCCGGCGGCGAGGCCUCCAGAAGCAGUCGGGAGCAGCCUCGACGUCGUCAGGCCGAAAAGAAGACGUCGCGUGUGGCCGUCGGCGACGACGUCGUUUUCAAACGCAACGAGCCGUGA